CAUGGACCAGGCCGCUACUCGUCACGUGCUGCUCUUUCUACUGUUGGCUGUCACCAUCACAUGGAGUGUCCUAGCUCCAGGGCAGCAAAAUCAUCUUGAUAUGGAGUUGUGUAUGGGAUGUAUCUGUGAAGCUACAUCCAAUUGCAAUCUCACAUUUCAUUGCACCAGAGGCCUCUGUGGCCCAUUCCUCAUCUCUCGGAUAUACUGGAAAGAGGCUGGAAGACCAACAAUUCCAGGUGAUCAUCCAAACAACAAAGGAGCUUACAUUAGGUGUGUUACUGAGCCUUAUUGUGCGGCUGCAACAGUUCAUCGUUAUUUGGCAAGAUACGCUCAGGACUGUGAUGGUAAUGGAAGGAUAGAUUGUGAAGAUUAUGCCAAGAUCCACUAUAUGGGUGGUCGGCAAUGCACCAUACACAUGCAGCAGCUUGGAUAUUAUAAAGUGUUCAAAGAGUGUCAUAAGAGUAUUCAACAGCUUACUGGAUGACUAGCCAUGACUGAUUUCAAUUAAAGCCAAAAUCUCUCACUUAAGACAUAAAAAGUUUAUUUAACAACCUUAACAUCCAAAGCAAUGAUGAAGAGCAUGCACAGAGUUCCCACAUUUUACAGACCACCAAGCAUUUGUGAAUGACCAGAAGCUUAUUAUCUUCAGAAGCACAUCUACAAUCUACAAUUAAGAAAAUAAUAAAGGAAGUGGUAUACACUACUUGUAAGAACUUUCAUACUGUAGAUGCAAAGAAAUAUGACUUCUAUGUCUGUCUACAUAUUUCAAAAUAAGCCAAAUUGAUAAGACCCAUAUUGAAGUGUUUUGCUAAAAUUUGUUGACUGCUUCAAAUUCUGAUUAUCACUCAAGUUCUAGAUGCAUUUAAAAAACACACCGUACAAAUAUCCUGGUAAAUGCUCAUAUGAGCAAAAAUAUUUGCAACAGAAGUUUCUGAAAAAGAUAAUUAAAUACAAUUUUAUAUCAAAUAUAUUUGUUCCUAUAAAAGGUUUUUAUAAAUAUUACAGGCCAUGAACAGUUUCACGUCUUUCCUCAAAGAAAUGCGAAGUGCAAGUAUACAAACAACACAAUUAAAAAUAUUUGUAUUCCAUUGGAGUUCAGUCUUCCCUGUCCUGUGUUAUGAAGUUUGUGUGAAUGUGUCAGUCAUAAAUCUUUUUUCAUAUGAAGAAUAGUGUAAGUUACACAUCAUCUGUCUGUAUACAGUGAACAUGAUGCCAAAACAAAUCAAUGGUAACUAGUACCAACAGACAUUUACAGUCAGCUUCUGCAACAUUGUUCUAUACAUCAAUCAAUCUAACAUUCAUGUACUUCACUCAUGAAAAUAAGUGUUCUAAUAUUAUAAAAGAAUAACUGUUCUGAAAAAUUUCCUGAGCAUAUUACACCUUAGAUUCACAAAUCUGCACUUAAAUGUUAUUGUAUAUUCUGAAGUAAUUUAACUUUCUUCAUUAUAUGAAAUACUUUAUGUGAGUGACAUGUUGUGAUACCUUUGAAUAAUACACAUAAAUACAAUCUGCAAACAAAACCUGUAGGAACAAUAUCAGUUUUGCCAAAAAUAUAUAUGUUGUAACCUUACGGCAACUGUCAAGGUCAAAACACAUUACUAAGUUUAGGUGUAAAGUUAAUUAUAACCAUUUAGGUUGUGUUACUGGAACAAAUAUGUGCAUUAUCUGUAUCAUUAUUUUCAAUUGUCUUGAAUUAGUUGCUUGAUCAGGAAAUAAUUCAACUGUCUUGAAUUAUUUCCUGAUCAAGCAACUAAGAUUUAAAUUUCAGGAUGUGAUGGACUGUUUUAAAAUUCAAGUUAGAUAAAAACAUUACUACAAAGAUUCAAUGAUCAGGUAUGUUAAUAAUACAAAUACUGAUUCAUCAUCAAAUUUUAAUCCUCCAAGAACACUGUUUAAAAUGCUUUACUGCCAUUUCUGUCACUUUACAUUAAGACUUCCCUUCUGAAUAUAACAUUAUCACUGAAUGAGAAAGGUAAAAGCACCCAUAUUAUGCCCUAAUAUGGUAAUCUAGAAUCCUUCUGUAUUUUAAACUGUACAAUUAGAAUACAACCUAAUCGACUAUGAUUUUCUGAACAUGAAGACUGCCAUCUUCUGGGAUGACAGUGUUCAGUCUAACAGAACAUUAUGAACAUUUUGAAGAUAUGUGUUGCCUCCAUCUUCUAUCCUGCAGAUGAAGGCAGCACAUUCCUCUAAAAUGAUACUACCAAUUUACCAGACUACAUGGAGUCACAUCCUAAGAGUGUAAUCUUCAUAGUUACCAUUAUAAGAAAAUCAAACCUUGCAUGAUUGCAGCUCCUGAUGUGGCUUUUAUGAACAGACUUAAUAUGAUAAACCAAUGCUGUUAUAUCAUUAUGUUACAUUCUUCUGGCAUAAAUUUCAUAAUCAUAUA